AUGAAGGAACUCUAUCGACCCCCCGAAGUUCCAAAGGCAAUCAAGAAUAUUCGCUUUCAUCUCGCAGGUGAAGUCGAUAUCGAGGCUCUUUCUGAAGUGCAAAUCAUUAAAUACCAGCUUUAUUCGUUUGUCGAUGGCAAUAGAAAAGGCCUUGAGUAUGGACCUCUUGAUCCCAGGCUUGGUGCUACUAAGCGCGGUGAAGUUUGUAUAACAUGCAAGCUCGACCAUCAAGAAUGCAUCGGACAUUGGGGCUAUAUUGAUCUGCCUUUACCCAUAUUUCAUACUGGAUAUCUCUGGCAUAUUGUAAAAAUUCUACAGUGCAUUUGCAAGCAUUGUGCUCGUGUUAUGAUCCCGGAAAAAACUCGAGCGAAAUAUUUGGUCUCCGCAACAAAUGAGAAUUUGGAAUAUAUUCAAAAGAAGGUCUUGCGCAAAAUCUUGCACAAAUCGGCUAGUCGUACUACCCUCUGUCCUUUCUGCCAUUCUAUUAAUGGCACCGUGAAGAAGGGCACUGGACUUUCUUACAUCAUUCAUGAUUUCUCUAAAAGUUAUGCUCGAAAACUCGAUAAAGCCAUAGAACCAUACGCUCGGGUGGCAGAAUCAAAUAGUGAUUUACUAACUGUUGCAAAGAAGUGCAUUGAAUGCAUUCGUCCCUACCAGGCACUGGAACUAUUCUCUAAAAUCCCCACAGAGGAUCUUCCCCUACUUCUAAUGUCUUUUAGUGAAGGAAAAGUUUCCCAUCCUCGCAAUUUAAUUAUUGAACGUGUUCCUGUGCCUCCCAAUGCCAUACGCCCAUCCGUUAUAUCCGAAGUCAGAAACGGAUCGAAUGAAGAUGAUCUUACACAAAUCCUCCAAUGGAUACUUUCUCAAGCCGUCACUUUAGAGGAGGAUUUAUCCCAAUCAGAGUUCAUAACCCACUACGACAGUCUUCAUGCCGAGUUCACACGUCUUAUCAACUCCCAAACCUCCGGGUUGCCACCCAUUCAAGACCAGAAAUUUAUCCGUGGUAUACUCCAGCGCCUUGCCACCAAACAUGGUCGUUUUCGCCUCAACUUGUUGGGUAAGCGGACCAACUACACUGCGCGUACAGUUAUUUCUCCUGAUCCAAACCUACGUAUUGACGAAGUCUGUAUUCCCGAGUACUGCGCGACUAUCCUCACGUAUCCCGAGCGUGUCACAGAACACAAUAUAGAAUUUCUCCGCAAACUUGUUCUAAAUGGUCCCUACAAGUACCCCGGUGCUGUCUACUUGAAUUACAAGUCUCCCGAAAAUAAGCCCGGCGAGAAGUCAGAGAUACUGAAAAAGUUUCUCUCUCAUCCAAAAGUUCGAGAAAGUUCAGCUAGGUCCCUCCGAGUGGGUGAUGUCGUAGAUCGUCAUCUUAUUGAAGGAGAUAUCAUUCUCUUCAACCGUCAGCCUUCUCUUCAUCGGGUUUCUAUGCAGGCUUUUAAAGCUGUUGUGAAACCCUAUAGGACCUUCCGUUUCAAUCCCUGUUGCUGCACACCUUUCAAUGCUGACUUUGAUGGGGAUGAAAUGAAUGUCCAUUUGCCUCAAACAGAAGAAGCGAGAGCCGAGGCUAAACAUCUUAUGCUUUCACUUAACAACAUUGCCAAUCCAAAGAACGGGGAGCCUUUGAUAUCUCCUAUUCAGGACAUGAUUACAGCUUGCUAUCUAUUAACUCUGAAGGAUGUCUUCUUUGAAUAUGAUAAAGCCUGUGAUUUGAUGGCUCAACUUGCUGCAGGAUCUCAUAGUGUUCAAGAUUGCCAGCUUCCUCCACCUGCUAUUGUUUGGCCUGUUAAAUUAUGGACAGGAAAACAGAUAUUCAGCCUGAUCAUGUCGCCAAGUUGCUCCCAUGAGGUUAAGAUUAAUCUUCGUGUCUCGACUAAAACUAUUUACUCGGGCAAGGAUGAGGAAAUGUGUCCUAAUGAUGGCUUUGUGGUGAUAUAUAAUAGUGAGUUGCUAGCCGGCUGCAUGGACAAAAAGUUACUAGGUAGUGGAAGCAAGUCGAGUAUAUUCUACUCCAUACUUCGGGACUACGGUGGUGAUGCGUGUGCCGAUGCAAUGUGGAGAUUGUCUCGUAUCGCCCUCUACUACCUCUCCUGCCGUGGAUUUUCAAUUGGAAUUGAAGAUGUUACACCGAGCGAAUCGCUUGUUGAAGCCAAGCAGAAGAUUAUUAAGCAGGGCUACGCAAGUUGUGAUGAUUAUAUCAAUCAAUACGAGACCAACUCCUUGGCCUGCAAUCCUGGUUGUAGCAUGGAGGAAACACUAGAAAUGCGUCUAAGUCAGGUAUUAUCGCGAAUUCGUGACGAAGCAGGCUCUGCAUGCAGGCGUUCUCUCUAUCGUCUCAACGCGGCUCUAUUGAUGGCUCUCAUCGGUUCCAAGGGCUCCCUCAACAAUAUUUCCCAAAUGUGCUCCUGUGUUGGUCAACAAAUUAUUGCCGGUCACAGGGUUCCAGAUAGUCUCAAUGGGGAACGCAGCAUCAUUCUCUUCCGUCCUGGCUCUAGAACCCCGGAUGCUAAGGGCUUUGUGAGCAAUAGCUUCUACUCCGGUCUCACGCCGUACGAAUUCUUCUUCCACGCAAUGAGUGGUCGAGAGGGCUUAACUGAUACGGCAGUCAAAACUGCGGAUACUGGAUACAUGCAGAGGCGUAUUGUUAAGUUUUUGGAGGACCUUACAGUAGCCUAUGAUGGAACAGUUCGUGACAGCCGUGAUGAUAUUGUGCAAUUCAAAUACGGUUCGGAUGGUUUUGACCCAUGUGAAAUGGAAGUUGACAACUUUCCUGUUGAUUUCCAUCGUGAAUUGAUGAACAUUAAGGCUCACUACCCUUGUCGAACUGAAAGCGCCCUAACGCCAGACCAGGUCAAAGACGCUAUUAAUGUUUCUCUCCAAAUGCCAAUUUUUUAUAACGUUGAUCCUGUUCUUCCCCUUCACAUAAACAAGUUCUUUGACGAGGAAAUAAUCCCUAAAAUGAUUCAGGCACGUCAGGGUAUUCCAUUGGAUGAAGUUCUAACGGGUGUAAUGGCUGAACCCCAGCGACUCACCAUUACCCAACUUCGUCAAUUCCUUAUGUCAUCCCAAAAGAAGUUCAAUAGGGCCCUGAUUGACCCAAGUACUGCAGUUGGUGCCAUAUGUGGUCAAUCAAUUGGUGAACCUGCCACCCAAAUGACCCUGCAGACCUUCCACUUCGCAGGUGUUGCUAGCAUGAAUAUCACUCAGGGUGUACCUCGAAUGAGGGAAAUUGUAAACGCCGUGGCUAAUAUCCAUACCCCACUCCUCACUGUACAGAUUACGGACCCCACUUCUGCUGUAUUAGCACGACGUGUAAAAAUGGCUAUUGAGCCAACUCGGCUUGCUGAUAUUUCCAUAAUGCUUCGUCAAAUGCUCACACCUGAUAAGGUGUACGUUCUUGUGGAAUUCGAUCAAAAACGUAUGUUGCGAAGAGAAAUCACACCAAGACAAGUUGCAACUGCAGUUCGAAGUGCUAGUUGGGCAAUCCGAAAAGUCAAAAUUGUUGAUGUUGUCUGGUCUGAGAGUCAAAUGAGGGUUUAUCCUGAGGAUCUAAAUAAAUUGGAACAACUAGUCCAAUUGCUUGAGAAUGUGGUCGUUAAGGGUAUCAAAGGUGUAACUAGAGUUGUCAUUCAACAGGAUAAGGCUGGCCAUCAUAAUAUCUACGUGGAAGGAGCCAAAUUCAGGGAGGUGAUGGCUGUUCAAGGAGUCGUACCAGAGCUGGUUCGAAGUAAUAACAUCUUGGAGGUGGAACGUUGCCUUGGUGUUGAAGCAGCUCGACGCGUUGUAGUGGAGGAACUGUGUGAGGUCAUGGCAGCUCACGGCGUUACUGUCAACAUUCGUCAUGUCAUGUUACUAGCUGACCUUAUGACUAAUCGGGGCGAAGUGUACGGUUAUCAACGCAGUGGUAUGGCAAAGGCUAAAAACAGUGUUCUCUGUCUUGCUUCGUUUGAGCGUACUGGAGACCAUUUAUUUGAAGCUGCCUAUCAUUCGCAGGAAGAUAACCUAGCAGGCAUUACGGAAAGCAUCAUUGUCGGUAAUCCUACGCGUAUUGGAACAGGAACCUUCGAUCUUCUUGGCAAAUGA